UGCGUGGGAUGCUUGGCAUGGCAAACAAACUUCGCAUAAUGAAAUGCCCAUUAUGAGUUAGCACCCUCACCUGACCUAUUCAAGGAGAUUAUCCGAUUCGAAUUGAGAUCUAUUCUUUCACAAUGGCAGAGAAUCUCUCGAAAUCCCCGCCUCAAUUCGGGAGGAUACCUCGACCACGGGGCUGGAUAUCACUAAGCAGCGAUGAGCCCAAUCUAAUGGCACUUCACGGUUCAGGCACUUUGACAAACCUAAUCAAAAGUCGUUCUCAUGCCUCUCUGAGCAAUCUUCAUCGCCGAGCAUCGUCCUUUCGUGGUGGCAGAGACACUCCAGAGGAAGAAGAUCCCAAUCCGUUUGAGCGAACCCGAAGAGAGUCGAGAGAUUUCGAGGAUGGCGACGAAUUCCGCCGUAGCGAAGAGAGGCGGAUGAGCGUUAUACUCAAUGGACCUCAGAUGCGCAGCCAGCGGCUCAUUGGAAACAGCAACCCAAGAUAUAAAUGGGAAAGAUAUUGGAAGGCGGAGGACGAUUUGAAGCAGAUGAAAAAGCCAUUACGCGAGUACUACGAACGAACGAAUAGCCUUGUCCAACAAUAUAUCUACAUCGACCGUCUGCUAGACUCGUCUCUUCCUCACGAUCUCUUGAACGAGUACAAUGAUCUUCCAAGUAGUGGACCAAGUACAGCCGGGCUGCGGGACAGUGUUGAAGUGCCGCCUACCAUCACCGAAGAGCCAAGGACCCCUGGUUCGGAGUCAGACCUGACUCUCAAACCAGCAAAUGGCGAUGGGACAGUGACCAAGAAGGUCAAACGAACCCCACGAGACAUAUAUAAGAUUUCCAAUGAGUUGUCCCCUCUUCUCGGUGUAGAAGAGGACGGCGAGGAUGGACCAAAACCUGAAAUCCCUGGUUUCGAGGACGACAGUGUCGAAAGUGGUGAUGCCAUUGUGCAAGUGGCAAUAUAUAUCAAUCUGGCAGCUAAUGCUAUUCUUUUGGCUGGCAAGAUUGCCGUCAUUGUCCUUACGAGCUCUCUAUCAGUGCUUGCAAGCUUAGUCGACGCAGCGCUGGACUUUCUAUCCACGGCUAUUGUUUGGACAACAACACGAAUGAUAGAGAGGCAAGACCAGUAUUUGUAUCCUGUUGGCCGGAGACGCCUAGAACCAAUUGGUGUUUUAGUCUUUGCUGUCAUUAUGGUCACAUCAUUUUUCCAAGUCGCCUUGGAAUGCUUGAGCAGGCUGAACUCAGGGGACCAUUCAAUCAUUGAACUCACUCUACCAGCCAUUAUCAUCAUGUCAAGCACGGUCGUCAUCAAAGGCUUGUGUUGGUUCUGGUGUCGACUUGUUAAGAAUUCCAGUGUUCAGGCUUUAGCUGCCGAUGCAUUUACAGACGUUAUCUUUAACAUAUUCAGUAUCAUAUUUCCAUUAGUCGGCUUCUACGCAAAGCUGUGGUGGCUUGAUGCCCUCGGUGGUCUUCUCCUCUCAUUGUUUGUCAUCUUUAAUUGGGCUGGGGUGUCCAGUGAACAUAUCCGCAACUUGACCGGAGCUGCCGCCACCGCGGAUCAACGGAACGUCCUCCUUUAUCUCACCAUGCGUUUCGCGAAAACAGUCAAGCAGAUCCAGGGCUUGCAAGCCUACCAUGCAGGUGACAAACUCAAUGUCGAAGUAGAUGUUGUGUUGGACGAGAAUAUGAGCCUGAGGGACAGCCACGACCUGGGCGAGUCGUUACAGUAUGUCUUGGAAUCUGUCCCGACUGUAGACCGUGCUUUUGUUCAUUUGGACUACGCUUCUUGGAACUUGCCCACGCAUAUGCAACAACAAUCAGAGUAGAUUUUGAUAACAACGACCAGCAUGGGUCACUCUGUAUCGAUCAUGGGGUUUGGAGUUGGGCCAUGGUGCUGUGCUGUUCAUUGCCAGUAGAUACGAAAAGUGUUCUUGUUAUGUCUCAUGUUGAAUUAGAGAUACCAAUCAUUACG